AUGUGUGAUUGUCUUAAACUAUACCAAGUUGUCUCUGAAGGCACUCAUGGCUCAAAUAUACUUGAUUUGGUGUUAACGAACAAUAAGGAGGUUGUGAAAGACGUUGUCAUACGGGCACCAAUUGGAAGUAGUGAUCACGCCUCCGUUUUAUUCAAACUUGAUCUCAAGAUUGAAGAGGUUGUGAAAUUAUCACUCCGGAGGGAUUUCAAAAAGGCGAAUUUCAAUGAUAUCUUGACUUAUCUUACUAAUCAUGAGCAUCUACCUCAACAUUUGGAAAGACUGAGUCGCAAAAAGAAUUCACUGUGGAAAAAAGCAGUAGUUAGUGACAGUCCGGCCGCCUGGGAAGCUUACAAAAGAAUAAGUUGUAUAUUUGAGAAACGACUGUAUAAAUUCCGUAGUCAAGUUGAAAAGAAAAUUAUCUAUUCUAGGAAUAAGAAUAAUCUGUAUAGAUUUCUCAGUACUAGGCUUGGCAAGAAAAAGGCACUGGGGAUCCUCCUUGAUGAAAAUGGUGUCGUGAUAACCAGUGAGAAGGAGAAAGCAGAACUUUUUGCUGCUGUGUUCCAUAAAGUGUACCUAGAGAGUGAUGGUAUCGCGGAGAAUAAAAAUAAUCUGUAUAGAUUUCUCAGUACUAGGCUUGGCAAGAAAAAGGCACUGGGGAUCCUCCUCGAUGAAAAUGGUGUCGUGAUAACCAGUGAAAAGGAGAAAGCAGAACUUUUUGCUGCUGUGUUCCAUAAAGUGUACCUAGAGAGUGAUGGUAUCGCGGAGUCAGAU